AAUGUCUCCGUAAGUGCCGGUGAAUUAAUAGUCUCCAGCUGCCCGAAUGAAGUCAUAAGUUGAUAUCCUCUUUUGAGGCUUGUAGCUUGUUUUUAGCUGGGCCACAUUCGCAUUCAUCAUCAAGAAUCUAUAGCAUGAUCUUUCUUUUCCAACAUACCUCAUAUAAUGUACCCAUAGUACGCGUAGCCUUAAUAGUAUUUAUUCGACCUCUUACCGCAUUUUUAUAUUUCUUUGACAGCUUUGCCUUGCUGUCGUCAUCCCUGUAAAAAUUAAUUCUACUUGUUCAAAGAGCCUUAUUAUUACCUUUCCUGUUUCCUCUCACUUAGACACUUCCAGGUUAUACAUACAUACAUACAUAGAGUUUCAAUUUCACAACGAAACCAGAAUUCAACCAUGCGGUAUCUAUCGUAUUGGGUAUUUCCCAUCAUAUCCGGCCUUAUGUGGCUGUCGACACUUCUAGGUCUCUUAUUACACUGGAUCGUAGACACGCAUCGAGAGAUAUACGCGUCUAUGGGAAACGGUCAAACGAUAGCGUACAUAUCAGAUGUCGGCGCCUCAAACCUCAAACCUUUAUUUGUUACCGGCUGUAUCAUAACUACCAUAUUUCUUGACUUGUCUUUUGGAGCCGACCGUUGGUUACGACAUCGCGGUCGACUGGUACCUAACACCUCUACCGGAGAGAAAGUCUUAAGCGGGUUGACCAUCUUCUUCGCUUUCAUCGGAACAAUAGGCCUGACCUUUCUAUCUGGCUUCGAUACCUUGCGAUACCCACGAUUGCACGAUAUCUUCCUGUUGCUUUUCAUCGCAGGGUAUCUAUUAUCAGCCAUUUUCAUAUGUUGGGAGUAUCAGCGUCUUGGCAAAAAGAACCGCCAACAUCGCGUACUCCGAAUAUCAUUCUGGGUCAAGCUCACCUUCGUGGUGGUCGAGCUAAUCCUUGCGAUUGGCUUUAUAGCGACGAAUUUUAAGGGCCUAUACGAUAAUGCCGCGAUCCUCGAGUGGGUCAUCGCAUUCGUCUUCUCCUUCUACGUGUUCUCCUUCUGCAUCGACCUAUGGCCCGCCAUUGCCACGCGCAACAAUCGCUUCUCCACCAAUAGCGCACGUCAGAUGGAGGAGACCUAUUAUGCAACACAUCCCAGUGUUCUGCCCGACGUCGCCAGAGACACCCAGGACAGCCAGCGAACAUUAACCGAUGGCCCUCGAGGUCAUCACGGGAACGGUGGGCACCAAAAGACGAGGACAGAGCAGAGAGAUUUCUAGAUUUUCGGUAAUAACUUGGGGACUAUUACGUAUGGAUCGGGUGUAAAUACCCUGGGGAUGACUUAAUGAUGGUCAGGGAUGCACCAAAUGGUUUUUGAAUGAUACCAAUAAGGAAAGCAAGCGUCAAUGCUUCGCUACCUAUCUAUAUAAAGGACCGGUUGGAAGGUCGACAUAACGACCACUGUGACACGGCGUUCGGCUACACUACUUAGGAUCCAUAGAUUCUAGAAUCCUCUAAUUUAUUUUUUAUUCAGUUGUAGUAG